CCCUGUCUCCCCAGAAGCCAAGCUCUGACCCAGGCUGUGGGCCCAGGGAUGGAGUGGGGCUGGGGGUCGCCCUGCACCUCCUUCCUUCCUCAGGCCCCCAGAGCAGGCCCGGGGCUUUCCCCCUCCUCCUGGGAAGUUUCCCAACCCCAAUUAAUCAUGGGGGCGGCCCCAGGGAGGAGGAAGGAGAUGGUAAGGCUUACCAUAAAGAAAGCCUCAGCUUGGCAGGGCCCAGUAAAGGCAGCAGCAUGCGCCUAGAGACCAUGAGGCUGGAAUUCCUUGUUCUGCUGCCUCUCCUGGCAGGGAGCAGCUGGGCUGACACUCGGGCCAUCGGGGCCGUGGAAUGUACCCCCAACUCCCAGCCCUGGCAGGCUGGCCUCUUCUUCCUCACACACCUCUUCUGCGGGGCCACACUCAUCAGUGAUCGCUGGCUGCUUACCGCAGCUCACUGCCUCAAGCCCAGGUACCUGUGGGUUCGGCUCGGCGAGCACCACCUCUGGCGCUGGGAGGGUCCCGAGCAGCUGUUCCGGGUCACGGAGUUCUUCCCGCACCCCGGGUUCAACAAGGACCUCAGCGCCCAAGACCACAACCACGACAUCAUGCUGAUCCGGCUGCCCUGGGAGGCUCGUCUAAGUCCUUCAGUGCAGCCCCUCAACAUCAGCCGGAACUGCGUGUCCCCUGGCACCGAGUGCCUCAUCUCGGGUUGGGGGGCCGUGUCCAGCCCCAAGGUGGAGUACCCACUCUCGCUGCAGUGUGCCAACAUCAGCAUCCUGGAGCCCAGGCUCUGCCAUAGGGCAUACCCGGGCCACAUCUCCGACAGUAUGCUCUGUGCCGGCCUAUGGGAGGGCGGCAAGGGUUCUUGUCAGGGUGACUCCGGAGGCCCCCUGGUUUGCAAGGGGACCCUGGCAGGCGUGGUGUCUGGGGGCUCUGAACCCUGCUCCAGACGCGGGCGCCCCACCGUCUACACCAGUGUAUGCCACUACGUGGACUGGAUCGAAAAGACCAUGAAAGAAAGCUGAGCCCUGGUGCUUGGGUGGAAGCAGAGAGGAGGGUGGGCGCCAGUCUCAGGGCACAGACGUCAGCGGUCUCCGCCCUUGACCUCGGAUCCUCCCGAGGCGCCUUCUAGUUAUGCAGGCCCCGCCCCCUCAGAUGCAGAGGGGAAUCCCCUGUGGCCAGAUCU